AUGGAGCUUGCCAAUCUCGACACUCUCACCGAAACCUCCCUCCACGAAAUCGCCCAAAGCUACUCCGCCUUCUGCGCCGCCACCGAAACCCUCCUCAACGGCGCCGGAGACCUCUCGGCGGGCCCGCAACUCACUUCUCACGUCCACCGCCUCUGCCACCACGGUCUCCAAUCUCUCGUCCGCGACCACUUCCUCGCCGCGCUCGAGAGCACCUUCGAGACCAACGGCGCCUCCAAAUUCUGGCGCCAUUUCCACCCACACGACGACGUUUCGGUCGGAGAGCAAGUUCUCUGCAGCGCCUUGGAGGAAAUCUCUCUGGAAAAGCAGUACCAGGAGAAGUGCUUGCUCCUGCUGGUUCAUGCUUUACAGACUUAUGGCCAUGACUCCGAUGACGUCAGCCGGGAGCUCUUUGCUAAGUAUCAGUUAUCAGUCUCCUCGGUUCUUAUGGCCACUCUUCCUCGGCAAUUUCCAGAGAUACUCAACUGGUACUUUAAGGGAAGGUUGGAGGAACUGAGUACUAUAAUGGCUGGAGACGAACCUCGUGACGAUGAGGAUGAAGAUGAGAGGGACGAUAUGGAGUUGGAUGAGAAAUGUAGAGUGUCAUACAGGAGUGGACAAAUGGAGAUUGAUGAAUGUUAUCCCCAAGGGAGGUUCUUUGAUAAUAAUAAGUUGGUCAACAACAUAGGGCGGGUUGUACAUGAUUUGAGGAGUCUUGGAUUCACAUCUAUGACUGAAGAUGCUUACGCAUCUGCUAUCUUUUUGUUUCUUAAGGACAAAGUUCAUGACCUUGCUGGUGAUGAUUAUCGGAUUUCUGUUUUGGAUUCUAUUAAGGGAUGGAUACAGGCAGUGCCUCUUCAGUUCUUACAUGCUCUACUUGCUUAUCUCGGUGAUUCUGUUAGUUAUGAAAGUGCAUCAUCUGGUCUCAAGUCACCUUUGGCUAAAUGCCCUACUUCAUUCUAUCCUGGAAUUGAUACUCCAUCUGAAGGUCUUGUUAGGUGGCAGUUGCGACUAGAGUAUUUCGCUUAUGAAACAUUGCAAGAUCUGAGAAUAGCAAAAUUAUUUGAGAUUAUUGUGGAUUAUCCUGACAGCUCUCCUGCUAUUGAAGAUUUGAAACAGUGUCUUGAGUACACUGGUCAACAUUCUAAGCUUGUGGAGUCAUUUAUUUCGGCACUACAAUAUCGCUUGCUGACUGCAGGUGCCUCAACAAAUGACAUUUUGCAUCAAUAUGUUUCAACGAUCAAGGCACUCCGGACAAUAGAUCCAGCAGGUGUGUUCCUUGAAGCAGUGGGUGAGCCAAUAAGGGACUAUUUAAGGGGAAGGAAAGACACCAUAAAGUGCAUUGUGACCAUGCUUACCGAUGGGACUGGUGCAAAUCCUAAUGUAUCUGGAAACACUGGGGAUAGCCUUCUUGAAGAAUUAAAUAGAGACGAAGAAAGCCAAGAGAACAUUGCUCCUGAAGAUGACUUUCAUAUUGAUGACAAACAAGCUUGGAUAAAUGCUUCACGCUGGGAGCCUGACCCUGUAGAAGCUGACCCCUUGAAAGGUAGUAGGAACCGAAGGAAGGUUGACAUACUUGGAAUGAUUGUGGGCAUAAUUGGUUCACAAGACCAACUUGUUAAUGAAUACCGUGUUAUGCUGGCUGAAAAGCUUCUUAACAAAUCUGAUUAUGACAUUGAUUCAGAGAUUCGUACUCUUGAACUCCUCAAGAUACAUUUUGGAGAGAACAGCAUGCAGAAAUGUGAGAUUAUGCUCAAUGAUCUGAUUGGUUCUAAGAGGACCAACACCAAUAUUAAAGCAACCAUAGCUCAGCCAUCUCAUACAGGUGGUGAGCUGGCCGAAAACAGGGUAUCCAUGGAUACUCUUGACGCUACAAUUAUCUCUUCAAAUUUUUGGCCUCCAAUCCAGUUGGAAUUGCAAUUUGAAGAUAGAGAGAUGCAGUUCAUGGUUGCUCCUCUUCAAGCGGCAAUUAUAAUGCAUUUUCAAGAUCAGAAAAGCUGGAGCUCCAAAGAUCUUGCAGCUGCAGUUGGGGUUCCAAUAGAUAUACUCAACCGGAGGAUCAAUUUUUGGACAAGCAAGGGAAUUCUUGCAGAAUCAAUUGGGGAAGACUCUGAUGACCAUGUGUUUACACUCAUGGAAGGGAUGAUUGACGCUGGCAAAAACACUGCUAAUGAUGGGAACUGUGAGGAUCUUACAGCUGGUGAUGAGGAAGGAGAGAGCUCUGUAGCCUCUGUAGAGGAUCAACUGCGCAAGGAAAUGACUGUGUAUGAGAAAUUUAUUUUGGGAAUGCUUACAAACUUUGGAAGCAUGGCUUUGGAUCGCAUUCAUAAUACUCUCAAGAUGUUCUGCAUAGCAGAUCCUACUUAUGACAAAACCCUCCAACAGCUGCAAAGUUUCUUAUCAGGUCUAGUUUCUGAAGAGAAGUUAGAACUAAGAGAUGGCAUGUACUUUUUAAAAAAAUAGCAAACCUGACAGACUCAAUCAGUAGGUUAUCCUCAAGUCAAAGACUGAAGUCGAACACACUAAAUGAGAUUUCCCUUCAAGUUUGGAAAGUGAAUGAAAAUAAUGUGUUCAUUCAUCCAUUGUAUUGUUUCAAGGUCAAGAUGCAGAAGCAUUGCCAAUGUAUAGGAGAGAUUGGUAAAUAUUGCAGAUUACUUGUAGUGAGAUGGAGAGGUUUAUGGAAGGUUUGCAUGAACCAGUAGUGGAGAGAAAUCAUUUUUCAAUGUACUUAUAGUGAUUUACUAGUCGGUAGACAUGCCUGAAACUCUGGAUUGCCGGAGACUAGACCAGAAAAAAUUGCUCUAGUAAAAGAUAGUG